CCAAACCUCACUCUGGGGCCAGGCGCAGCCCAGACAGAAGUGGGGGCUGGAGUAUCAGCAGUAUCAGCAGUCGCAGGGCCUGGGGACAGAAGGGAACAUGUCUUGCUGGCUGGGGAAGCCUUUCUAUUGCCCCCUGCCCCCAGGGCUUGCCUCACCCUGGCACUGGCCUUGGAAAAGCUGCAGUAGGCCACACCAGGCUCCCUGUGCCCAUCUGGACAGUGGACGAGAGUAGGCACAAGCCCCUCCACCACCAUGCCGGAAGUGUGAAGAAAAUCCAAGAUCACUGCCUCCCGCAAGCUCAUGCUGAAGGAGAACUGAGGCUCCAGGGUCCCUGUCCAGGGCUGGGGAGGCCAGCCAGCUCACUACCUGUGCCCCGCAGAGCCUGAUGUUGGCCAAGGCCAAGGAGUGCUGGGAGCAGGAGCAUGAGGAGCGCGAGGCAGAGAAGGCUCGCUACCUGGCGGAGCGUAUCCCCACACUGCAGAUGCGCGGAUUGUCCCUCAGUGCCUUGCAGGACUUGUGCCGAGAGCUACAUGCCAAGGUGGAGGUGGUGGAUGAGGAGAGAUAUGACAUCGAGGCCAAGUGCCUGCAUAACACUCGGGAGAUUAAGGACCUGAAGCUGAAGGUGCUGGACCUCCGUGGGAAGUUCAAGCGCCCACCACUGCGCAGGGUCCGUGUCUCGGCUGAUGCCAUGCUGCGUGCCCUGCUGGGCUCCAAGCACAAGGUGUCCAUGGACCUGAGGGCCAACCUCAAGUCUGUGAAGAAGGAGGACACAGAGAAGGAGCGGCCGGUGGAGGUCUGUGACUGGAGGAAGAAUGUGGAGGCCCUGUCUGGGAUGGAAGGCCGGAAGAAGAUGUUUGACGCUGCCAAGUCUCCCAGCUCACAGUAGAGGUACCGGAGCCCAGCGCUUUCUUCUGGGGCCUGCAG